AUGUUUCCUGGAUUUAUGCAAGCAGCAAUUGUAACAGUUAUUGUUAUUCUUGCCCAAACAACCCAACAUAUUCGUUGUCACGAUUCAUCAGCAGAUGUCGAUGAAAGCCAUGUACUCACACUUACCAAAGAUACAUUUGAUGAUGCCGUUAAAAAUAACAAAUAUUUACUUGUUAAAUUCGUUGCACCAUGGUGUGGUCAUUGCAAAGCUUUAACACCUGCUUAUGCUGAAGCUGCUAAACAAUUAGCCGCUUCUGAUAGUCAUCUUAAAUUAGGCAGUGUUGAUGCAACUGUUGAACCAGAUCUUGCAAAACGAUUCGAAGUUCGUGGUUAUCCAACAAUGAAAUUCUUUAGUGAAGGUACAGCACUUGAAUAUACCGGUGGUCGAACAAAAGAUGAAAUCAUCAGUUGGUUGAAAAAGAAAACUGGUCCAGCUGCUGAUGACUUAAAAACAGUUGAUGAACUUAAAAAAUUACAAGAAUCUGGUGAUGUUGUUGUUAUUGGUGCAUUCAAAGAUGCUGAAGGUGAUGCUGCUAUUUCAUUUCUUCAAGUUGCUAAAACUGUUGAUGGUAUUCCAUUUGGUAUUACAACUGAUAAAGAUGUCCUCAAAGAACUUAAAGUUACCGAAGAUGCUAUUGUUCUUUUGAAAAAAUUCGAUGAAGGCCGUAAUGACCUUACAUCAUCAAUUAGCGAAAGUUCAAUCCGUGAAUUUAUCACAGCCAAUCAACUUCCACUUGUUAUUGACUUUAAUGCUCAAACAGCUCAAAAGAUCUUUGGUGGUGAUAUUAAAGUUCAUAUGCUUUUCUUUGGUAGCAAAAAGAGUGACGAUUUCGAAAAACAUCAUGGAGAAUUCUCAACAGCUGCUAAAGCUUUCCGUGGAAAAUCACUUUUCGUUGUUGUCGAUUCUGAUGAUCAUGAAAAUGAACGUGUCUUUGAAUUCUUUGGUCUUAAAACUGCCGAUGUACCAGCUGUUCGUUUAAUCUCAUUACAAGAUGAAAUGAGCAAAUUCAAACCUGAAUCAUCAGAAAUCACAUCAAGCGGUUUAACCAAAUUCGUUGAAUCAUUCUUCGAUGGCAAACUUAAACCACAUUUACUUUCACAAGAAAUUCCAGAAGAUUGGGAUAAAACUCCAGUUAAAGUUUUAGUUGGAAAAAAUUUCCAUGAAGUUGCAAGUGAUAAAACAAAAACCGUUCUUGUUGCUUUUGUUGCUCCAUGGUGCGGUCAUUGCAAACAAUUAACACCAAUCUACGAACAAUUAGGUGAAAAAUAUAAAGAUGAUUCAUCUGUUGUUAUUGCUAAAAUGGAUGCUACUGCUAACGAACUCGAAGAUAUUAAAGUUCAAAGCUUUCCAACAAUUAAACUUUUUCCAAAAGAUUCAGAUGUAGCUGUUGAUUAUAAUGGUGCACGCACAGUUGAAGCUAUUGCUAAGUUUAUUGAUUCAAAUGGCCAAGAUGAUGGAAAAGCCGCUUCAGGAGAAACUGCCGAAGAAACUGAAGAAGGUGAAGGAGAAGAAGAACCAUCUCACGAAGAUCUGUAA